AUGCUGUCACUAGCGCUCAUUCUCCGGUUAUGUGAUCUUUUCUCUUCGUCGUAUGCAAUUACUUCCAACUCUAGCUCCUGCGUGAUCUUUCUUGAACCAAAAGAACGUUCACUCGUACACGAAACAAACAAACCAUCGUUCCUGCGAUUGCGAAACGCGUCUACAACCGAGCUUGAACAGCACCAUUUGUGCUGGAACGACUGCAGUAAUUCGGAUAUCCCUAGAGCAACAUCUUCAGCCCCACGAACCUGUCACCUCCGACUCGCCGUCCAGCGAAUGGUACGCAACGAAUCACUCGUUGCAGCAGACGUUAGCUGGACGGUGGAUGGUGACUGUAACCCAUCCGCCAGUCAGUGUUUGGUUACGUGGGAAGUUUCAGGUGGCGGACUAAUGGGUAACCUACUGACAGAGUCCCCCAGCGUUCAGCUAUCUCUCUGGCCAGACACAAACUACCGCGUUCAGGUCACUUGCCGUAGUAAGCACACGAGCUUCCUGAUGCGAUCGGCACCUCUCAUCCUCAGUACAGCUGGUGCUGUAGCAGUAGGCUCGACCUCGACCACGGUUCGGCCCCUCAGCGAGAUAGCCGAAGGUGAUGAUGAUGAGGCGUUAGCUCGUGAGCUAGAUGACGACUCGCGGCAAACCACCAACCGCCUAGACCCUUGGCCAGUCGCACGUGAAAGCGAGAUCCUGGCGUUGUUCGUCGCCAUGCUGUUGUUCCUGCUGGUACUGCUGGCUGUCGCGCUGUUGGUCAAGUGGCGACCAGCGUCCGAUCGGUCGGAGAAGGACGUACUCGUCGACCACGAGGCCAUGGUUGAGAUCCUGCACGUCUAG